UUUGGCGGGAACGCGAGGAGUGAAGUUGUGUGAUUUGUUUUAUUUUGUCUAUUUAGUGUUUCUUCAGGUUUAAAUGUGUAAUAAUGGUGGUUUAUUAACUGUUUAAUAUCUGUGAAAGUGCACAAAUGUGGGAAAAUGAAACAAAGCUGCUGGACGUAACUUCCCGGGUUCCUCCAAAAAGUCCACUGAAAAAAUCUCAGUAAAUGACCACCAUUUUACUGCGAUUAUAUUUCAUCCCAUAUCAUUUCAUUUCAUUUAAUUUCAUCCCAGUUGAUUAAUGUCUCAUAUUAAUCAUCUUCAUUUCAUUUCACUCCAUAUUAUCAUUUUUCAUAAAAUUAAGAAUAUAAAGUAAAAUAAGACAUGACUUAAAGGUCUUAGUUACCAGGUCAUAAAAUCUCUUAAAAAAAAAAAAAAAAAUUAAUACUACUGUCUACUUAUGUCAAAUGCUGUUUUGCAAAUUAGAAAUAUGUGGAUAAAGUUUGUAAUAAUUUUCGUCUCUUACGUGAAUUUUGAGCGUUUAAUAGGCAUUUGUAAAUUAGAUCAAAACAAAACGCUAUAUUCGAUAAUAUGAUAGCAAAGAUUGCAGGAUGGUUUGGUUUGAUUAGCGUAAUAAUCACCGGUUUAUUUGGAAUUGGAAUCUAUUUUUCUUUACUGUUGUUUAUUGUUUCUUUCAUACUCGGUGUAUUGACAUUCCUGUAUUGCGUUUAUGAUAACAAAAAAAUAUUUUCUGUUGAUAUAGACAGUCCUGAUGAUCCAUUACAAUGUAAUAAUUUCUCUAUUACUCUUCCUAAGGUUCUAGAAGAGUUUCAAAAAAAGGUACCUUUAUUAAAAUUUGAUAGUAGAAUAACAGGAAGUGAAACUGUAGAUUCAUUUCUAAAUGAAAUAAUUGUAAUAAUUAUAAAUGAUUAUGUUACACCAUGGUAUGAGAUUUUGACAAAUGAUGAUGAGUUCACUAAGCAUGCAAUAAAACGUUUGGUGCUUGCUACUGGUGCUAAUGUAGUUAAUAGGAUAAAAUGUGUGGAUUGGAUUAAUUUGCUCUCAACAAGAUUUCCUGAAGAACUAACAACUCAUUUGAAGAUGUUUAAGCAAUCAAGAGUUCGCCUGAAACAUGUAGAGUUAAUGAAUGCCAAAGAAUCAGCAAAUGAUACUGCUAAAUUAAGUCCAAAAAGGGAUGAGAAGAAAACACACAGAAGGAAUAAGAGUGAAACAGAUUUAUCUUGGUUACCAGACUCUCAAAUAUUUGGUAAAUCAAAAUUUUAUGAUAGCUCUGAAAAUAUUACAGGGAAAACAUUAAAAGAUAUAUUUUUUGAACUUGAAUGUGCUAUAGAAAAUAAACAAAUGUGUAGAGAUGUGUUCUGUGAUGAUACAGAUAAAGAAUAUGAGCUCCUUUGUGAAGUAUCUGAAGCUAUAUUGUACUUGGUAGCUCCAGAAGAAGCAUGGGGAUGUCAUGCAAUGAAGACGAUUUUGAUUGAUCUUUUAUCAGCCGUUGUUUUACGCCCCAUAAUCAGUUUAAUGAGUGACCCUGAUAAUAUCAAUAGAAUGAUCAUAAAAUCUUGUUGCAAAGAUUCAAUACUUCCAUCAGAACUGUUUUUGAUAGUCAUAAGAAGCUGCGGGGAUGCUGAAGAGUUGGACGCAACUUUAGAAUUAGUAGAAAAGGAUAUACAGAAACUACAUUCUAAAGACAGCGCCGGCGAAUGGGAGCUUCAGGAUCGUCAGAAAUUAUCCUCGUUACAGUACGUGACCAGGAUAAUACAGGCCAGAAGGGCUACGUUAGGUCCUCAAGAAGGUACUCUGAAUAAUUUGAAUACACAAAAAAUGUCCGAGGAAAUUGCGAGAACAUUGAAGUUUUUGAGAGCAACAGCAGCGUGGAAGUCUAACGCGCAAUAUUUACUAGAGAUAGAGCUCCAUGAAUCAGACGCUCCGCACACAUCGAAAGAGGUCAUAGACAACUUACGUUCGUCCGCACUCGAGUUGUGCGAUCUGUUUUUAUCGCCGAACAAACCGCCGGUAAUGGGCGUGCCAGAGAACUGUUAUUCGGAACUCGUCCGUAAAAUCACGACCGAAGGGGAGGAGUUUACGAACAAUCCAGUUGUGUGUUUUGACGAGCUGCAGAAAUGCGUCUGCGACGCUUUAGAGGACGAUCCUUCUUGGCAAGCCGAUUUUAUGAUGGAAACUGAGGAUGGUACUUACAGAAGUAAUAGUGACCUGAAAACCGAUCCAAAAUCGGACAGUAAAAAGUAUAGCGAAAAAUGCAAGAAAAUUGUGAAAACUUGUCUGAGUCACCUACCGAAGCUAUUUCUCAAAUCGAAAUAUAAAUACGAUAUGCCGCUUAAGUCAUUCACGUUUCCCCGUUCCUUAACUAGAAGAUUACAAAUGAAUAAAAAUCACACGUUGCCAAAGUGCAGUGCAAUUGGUGACUUAUUACACGUUCCCGGUACAAGACAUAACCGUUCAAGGUCUGAUAUAGUUGGAAAUUUGGCUGAAAGGAUGAACAAUGAGGGUGCAGGACCCUCAAGUUUGACAGCUAACUCCAGCUUGUCGAUGUCGCACACGGAAAUCAGUAGGAAAGCCAAAAAUUUACUGUCUCCGCUAUCGGCUUGUAUCAUAGAAACAGCACUAGUACAAGACAAAGGUCGAGCCUUUGGUAUAUACGCCAUAGCCGUUACGAGACUUUCAGACAACGAGGUGUGGCACAUAUAUAGGAGAUACAGUGAUUUCUAUGACCUGCAUUGCUCUAUUAAAGAAAAGUGGCCAGAACUUGGGAACGUUCCAUUUCCGGCUAAAAAGACGUUUCAGAAUACGUCACGAGUAGUUUUGGAGAACAGGAAACGGAUACUGAACGGCUACCUUCAGACUCUGGCCAGCCUUUCGAGGGAGGCAAAGUACAUGGCGCUGCUGUCGCGGGACUACUUGGGGGGAUUCCUCAGUCCGGUCAAUCAAACCGAAAAACAUAGUAAUACGAUCGAUGCGCUUCUCGUGAACCCCUUGAGAGCCGGAAUGAGGACAUUGAAAAAUAUGCCGGAUCAGUUCGUGAACACUGUCGACGGAGUUAUGGACGGAAUCUCAAAGGUCUUCCAAGGAAAGAACACUGAAAAUUACUACGACGGCAUUAAAACCGGCAACGCAACCGACGGACAAGACGACGGCGAUGAAAGCAUGGCAUUGAAGCUCUUGGAAGAAGUGCUUGGCAUCCGAGGGUUGUGGCUCAGGCGUCGACUUCUUGCGCCACUCAGAACCCUCAUUGCGGAUCGCGUGAACAGGAAAGUUUUAGAACUCGUAUCGUCGUUGACGUCGCCUCGGAACGUGGUUCAGUAUUUGAAAACGUUUAAGCAAUGGUUAACUAGCCGACACAGCGCCAGUUACAGCGAAAGGGAUGCGGCGACUAAAGCGAGAACUAGGGUUGCCGCUAAAGUUGCAUUGCUCUCGGCCUGCUCUGAUGAUCUCAAACAUAUAGUCGGUACUGAUUCAGCUCGAAGAGGUCUCCUCACAGUAUUCGAUUUAUUCCAAAUACAAGAAAUCAACAGACGCUUAAUAUUCGUUUUGUUGGAAGUAACCCUAACCAAUCUCUUUCCCGACAACAACAUACAAGGUCUGUUCAAGAAACUUUACACGAAUUCUCCUAGAGUAUCAGCGCCGAAGAAGAAUUCUGUUAUAUGAAAAAUACUCAACAUUUUGUGUUCUGAUAUGAUUCAGAUUUGGACUAUUUAACUGCUGAAUUGAAAAGAAAAGUUAAAAAAAAUUUAUUCUAAAUAAAAAAGGACACCCUUUAUGCAAAUAUAGUCAAAUAGAAUAUACAGGGUGUGAAAACGUCAUUCCCGAAAUCGAAAUGCGAUUAAAUGAAAAACUUAAUGUGAAGGGACAAAAAUAUGAUUUUACUACGCAAUGCAUAGUUACUUUUUUAGUCAGUUCAUAAGACUCACAUAUAACCCGCAAUGUAACAUGCAUCCCGUGAUCACAGAUUCCGCGCGUCACCUGAUCUUAUAUUAUAUUGAGUGUAUUAUAAAACAUAAUUACACUAUAUAUAACUUGGUAGAACCACAAUCCUUUGUAUUCGUUUUAAUGAAUAUUUCCUAUAAAUUCUGUAUAAACCUUCUUCAAUAAUUAAAUCGUUAUUUCUUGGAAAUUUUGAAGUAUUUUCAGCAUCUCAAAAUAAUAACUCAACACACGAAUCCGAAUGGAGACAAUGAAUCAUCAAAGCUAUCUAAAUUAUGUUUAAUAUGUAUGCCUAUUACAUAUUAACUAUUUAGGAGGUUAAAAAAAUACACGAAGUAUGAACAACCUGAAAUUUCUUCCGGUGAUUUAUUCAUAAACGAAUGAAAAUAAAAAAUUAAUAUAAUGAAAUGCUUAACAUAAAUAUACAAAAUAUAAAAAUGUGAUUGAAUUUAGAUAAAUUAUGAAAAUUUCAUUGUGCCAAAGAGGCAAGUGUAACUUGUGAAUCGUGAUAUUAAAUAAUAUUUAAAAAAAUAUGCAGCUACAUAUUGUGGUUCAAGCCACGAAAAAACUUUUAAUUAAUAGAAAUCACUGGAAGCAAAACAAAAAAAUAUAUAUAAAUAUAUUAUGUAAAUAAAUAAUGUCUAAAAAUAAAAUAUAAAAAAGUAUUUUAAUUAGUAAAAUUUACAUCCGUCACAUUUUAAAAAACAAAAAUUAAUUCAAAUAUCUAAUAGUUUUAUUUGAAUGUCCUCAACGGUCGUAAUACUUUGUUUGUUGUGCUAUAUUUUAAAACCGAGAAAUGCGCCCGGCAUCAAGUCAAAUCUGUUACAAUAAACGAACACAUUUGAACAAAAUAUAUUUUGUUGUUAAGAGAUUUACAAUGUAUGUGCCUUUUGUAGUUAAUGAUAUUCUCGAGCACUUUAUUAUUAGCUGAUUAACUGCUAUAAUGGGAUCUAGGACUUAGAAAAUUAAUCAAAUACGCCAAUAGAAUAUUAUAGCAGCUAUUUUUACAGGGUUUAAAAAUACCAUUCCGAAAACCGACAUGGGAACAAACCACUAACUCGAUCUGAACGCAAGCUGUUAAUUAUUCAUUAAACAUUGUGAAGCACCAAUGUAGUGCAAAUAUUAUGGAAAAGCUGGGCUACCCUCGUUUCCCAGAGACUGCAACCCAUGUGUCAAUUGAAUUUUAAACUUGCUGAAAAUGCAUUACAAAAGUAUACGUUUUACCAAUUACCUUACUUUUUUUCAAGUAUUCCAUUACACCAUUUAUUAUUGAUAGGAGUCUAAAGAAAAGUUCCAGAAACGAAUGUGAUUUCUGGUACUUUUGUUAAAGUCAAGGUAAUAAAAAUAAAAGAAACAGCUCACCCGUGGGUUCAACGCUCUCACGGAAUGCAAAAUGGCCGCCUUUGCUUUAGAUUGCGUGUUCACAAUGAACUAUUCACAAUACACAAAAAGUAUUCAGGGUUAACUCGGUAAACAAAUAUAUUAUUUCAGCUAGUUAAGCUGAUUGGUUUUCUUGGUGUAUAAAAUGAACAACGAAAUAGAUAGUAAAAUUUACACAAUUUAGAAGAAGAAAUACACAUAGUAAUAUUGUUAUUAUAUGUCUAAAAUAAAAACAUAUCAUAGUUAUAAUAUAAAUACUAAAUAGAAUACUUAUGUAUGUAUUUAUGGAAAUGAGCAUUAAAAAGUAUAAGUUUAUAAUAUAAACCUUAAAUAUUAAUGAGCAAAUGCUUAUUGAACGCCCACGUACAAAGAAAAAUAAACUAUAAUGCAGUUCACGACAUAAACUAGCAGGUAUAAAAUAUUAAAUUUAUGAAAACGUUUAAAUUCUUUUGAAUAAAAUAUAUUUCUAAA